AUGAAGCUCUUCAUUUUGUUCAUUCUGUUCUCUGUUGCUGUUGCCCGUUGGAUUCCUUACAAACAGCUACAAGCGCUUCGGGCGAAUCUUGAUGAUGAUUACGACUCUGACAGUAGAGCUGUGUCAGAGAAUGUCGAUUUGGACACUGUCGACCAGGCGUCCUAUGACAGAAUGAGAAAUGCUUUACACUCCAUCCAUGCUAGAGUAGGGGCAAUCGGCUUCUACAGAUAA